GAAAUUAUAAUGGUCAUGUUUUGAAUUUUGGGUAGAAAUGACUGCCACAGCAAUGAAAACAUAGUUUGAUUGCCAUAAAGGCGCAUCUGGAGGCAAGAUGGGAUUCACUCAUCUCGUGACCCACAAUCGCCAAUUCACCACAAUCUCAUUACUGCUGAAGUAAAGAAAAGUAGCAAAGAAAUGAAGCAAAACGUCGAUUAUCCUAAGGCAUAUACUACUACUUUGCGUUAGGCACGUUUCCAGGAAAAUCGCAUAGAACGUCAACAAUAUCAUCUCUCAUGUCGGCUUGGAUGACUUCCAAGCAACCGGUUAUCUUGGCUUUGGACGAAUAGUGCAGGAAAUGAAGUGAAACAAAUCAACAAAAUCGUCUGACAAUCGACAUCAUGAGGUGGUGGAGGGCUCCUACUUUGAUCAUCUUUAGUUUACAUGUGGCCUUUUGCAAGCAACCCACCUCUAUUGAGGAUCUGGUUAAUGUGGUCGAGCUUCAAGGCAAACUCAUUGCUAAGGGAUUGAACGACAUCUCACAAGGAAUCGGGCACAAGUGUGAAGUCCCCGAAUCCACGACAACGGGGAACUUAGACAUUCAGCAUGAGCUCUUGAAUCUAAAACGCGAAGUGCUCCAGGUGAAGCAACAAUUGCUAGCCUGCCAAGCCAAUGAGGUUGAAAAACCUGACUCUAAGCCCGUCAUCUUCAAUGCGUACACAUCCAAGCGGCUGUCCUGUCACAACUGCAUCAUUGGUUAUGAAAAUACCCACGUGGAUAGCCACAGUGCUAUGAAUCUUCACACAGGGGAGUUCAUAAGUCCCAAAUCAGGACACUAUUUCUUUCAAUUUCACGCUUUGGUUGAAAGUGGAAGCGAGGCGCAAGUGGAGCUCAUGGUGAAUGACAAAGACAUUCUUUGUAUUUACGACAGAGACAUUGGGAGUGGAAAUCGGAGAUAUGCUAUGAUUGGUCAAUCCAUGAUUCAUAGAUUGGAGUUGGGUGAUAUCGUCAAGGUCCGACUUCAUAGUGGAACAUUGAAAGGCGGCGGAGAGGCUACUUUCACGAGUUUUCUUGGCAUGCUCGUGGCCGCAGCCGAGAAUGACAAUGAAAUGUUAUAACUUAUAAAUCGAAAGUGAGAACACUUCCAGAAUAAAGGACAUACUGUUCCUAUCA